UCGUUAGUCCAAGCGAUGGAAGAUGAAAGCUUCGAGUGGGGUUCUGAUGUAUAAAUGACGGGGCUCAAUUCGAAGUAUACACAUACAUACGUAGUGACGUGGGCAAACCAAUUAGGUUCUCAGAAUUAUAUAUAAACAAGUCUCUGUCUGUAUUGCUGUAACUAUUUUCACUUCAGACAGAAGCACCGGCAAGUCUGCUAACUCCUAGAAAGAGAACAGAAAGAGGUUGAUGAUGAAGGAGAUGAUGGUGAAUAGCCAUGGUCAAGCUCUGAGCAACGGAACUGGUGCUGGUGCUGUUGGUGCUGAGGCUGAGAGGGUUUCGAGCUCUAGAAUUUCAUCUCUGCUGGCCUCCCCAGAUCGUGAUUAUCUUCUUUCUCCAACUGGAAAUCAGGUGAAAGUUUCUGAUCUUGAUGGGAAGAUAAUAGGACUCUACUUCUCGGCCAAUUGGUACCCGCCAUGCUGGAACUUUAACAAAGUCCUCGUUGGCAUCUAUAAUCAGCUGAAGAACAGUAGCACUACUGGGUCUAGCUUUGAGAUUGUGUACAUAUCAUCUGAUGAAGACACUGAUGCUUUCGUCAGAUACCAUGCUGCUUGCAUGCCUUGGCUGGCGAUUCCGUUUUCGGAUUUGGAGACCAAGAAAGCGCUGAACCGCAAGUUUGAGGUAGAGGGAAUUCCGAGCUUGGUUAUACUGCAACCUGGUGAUUACAAGGAUGGUGAUGAGGCUACGUUGCGUGAUGGAGUUGAGAUCAUUUAUCGCUAUGGUGUCCAAGCCUUCCCUUUUACUAAACAGAGGCUGGAACAGUUGGAGAAGGAGGAGAAAGAGAAGCAUGAGAACCAGAGCUUGACCAAUCUACUAACGAACCAUGACAGGCACUAUCUUCUGGGCCAUGGGACGCCUAAUCAGGUGCCCGUGGCUUCAUUGAUAGGCAAGACAGUUGGACUCUACUUUUCAGCUCAAUGGUGCAUUCCAUGCGUUAAUUUCACCCCUAGGUUAGUCUCAAUCUACAAUAAGAUUAAAGAGCAAAUGCUAGUAGGUGAUCAACAACAAGAUGGAGAGGACUUCGAGAUAGUGUUUGUUUCAAGUGAUCGUGACAGAACAUCCUUUGAAGCCUACUUUAGCACCAUGCCAUGGCUGGCACUGCCCUUCGAUGAUCCCAACAUCAAAGAGCUCGUGAAGCAUUUCGAUGUCAAAGCUAUUCCUUGUUUGGUAAUUUUGGGGCCGGAUGGUAAAACUGUCACCAGGCAGGGUAGAAAUCUGAUAAACUUGUACAAAGAAAAUGCGUAUCCCUUCACCGAUGCGAAGUUGGAAUUGCUGGAGAAGAAAAUGGAUGAAGAGGCGAAGAGCCUGCCGCGGUCGGUGUACCAUGGAGGGCAUAGGCAUGAGCUGAAUCUGGUAUCGGAAGGCAACGGAGGAGGACCCUUUAUAUGUUGUGACUGUGAUGAGCAAGGAUGCGGUUGGGCAUAUCAGUGUCUUGAAUGUGGGUAUGAGGUGCACCCCAAGUGUGUUGAAGCUGCUACUGCUGCAGUCACUACGUGAUUCAUCGAUUCGUUUUGACUGCUAAUCAAUUAUCUAAUUAAUUAUACUAAAUUGAUCACUGCUGUGCUGAGUGUGCUCUAUAUGUCAAGAAAGCGUAUUAUAUUUGUUGGAUCCACAUUUGUUUCUAAAUUUAGUUUUAGGGAUUAAGAUUCCCUGAGAUUGAAUCAUUAAUUUGUAAAAUGUAAUAUGGUUCUUAUUCGAUCUCUCAAGUAAUUGAUAAGACUAUGCAUGUUUUCAAAU